CCAAGGACCAUGCUCUCCGCCUCCGUCCCGCAGCCUCCUCCCCCCUCCCCGGACCCACCGGCCGCCAGCCCCGUUCCCGCUCGAGCUCCGUCGCCCGGACUGCGAGUGUCCUUGCUCGCGCCAUCUGCAGAAGGCCGGUCGGCCUCGCCGCCACCGCCGCCGCCCGCUCCGCCCGCCUCAGCGCCCGGGUCCCUGGACGCCGUGCUCGCCCGCCGCCGCUCGAUCGCCGAUGCGCCCGUGGAGCCGCCGCGCUGCUCCAAGCGCAGCUCCGCCGACCCCAGCUCCUCCGCCGAACCCACGGAGCGGCAGAGCAAGCGCCGCUCGCUGGAGUUGCAGCUUCCGGCGCGGGUGGAGCGCCGCAUCACCUUCUCGGAGCUGAGGGAGCUGGCCAGCUCGUACGCCUCGGAGCUCCUGUGUCCGAAGAAUACCAACCGCGCCCACUCCUCCUUCGACGCGACACUCUCCGACCUGGUGCUCGAGCCCGUGGCGCCGAGCCAUGACCCGAGCACUGAGCCGUGAGCCAUGCGAGACCUGAUCAGAGCUGAAGGGGAGAGAGAGUCUCGCGCGCAUCGAGGCCGGGGCCGCCGAGCUUCAUGGUGGGCAGCGCGGACGAAGUACAUGAGGAGGGCGGUGUUGUGCAUAGGGUCGAGCAUAUGCUCCCUCUGGAGCGCGUUUUUUCAUUUUUGUGCGCGCGUGCUAGUGAUAUGUUUCUACGCAACCAGUCCUUUGUACC